AUGCCACCAAAACGCAAAACCAAACCUACACCGCCUACGAAGAAAACCAACCUCAUGGCACCUGCGCGUGCCGGGACUAGUGCAGUACCCACUAAGCGAAAGCAACAAGGAGAAGACUGGAAGCAGUCCCGGCUGGCACCAGACAUCCUAUUACAUAUGACAACACGACGUGCUGCAAAGACGUCGUCUAAUCAUACGAGCCCAGCUGCACCAUCAAGUGCAGCUUCCGGCAGCCGUCGUAGUUCUUUGAACGACGUUGCGCAACAAUCAGACUUUGACGAUGAACCAGCCAAGCGCAGCCGAAUGUCGACCGAUUCUGGUUCGCCAAAUGGUUCAUUUGGUAACAACACUCCUAUGAAUGGAACCCAAACUCCAGAGCUGGACGAGCCUGUACCUGAAGCGACCCUGCAGGUGUCAAAGACUGCCGGGAAGAAGAGGCGCGCAUCAGACGACUCGACGCAGUCCAGCAGAACGCGACCAAAUGGUGUUCUGACCCGUACUCAAAGCGAUAUCUCCGAUCAACAACCGCGCCGGAAAAAGCGCAAAACAACAAGCGCACUUGCCGAUUCAACCGACCAACCUCCAGAAUUGACAGAUGCAAGCACGGCGCCAAAUUCUCCAGAACAGGUUCCUGAUGUUGCGGUCAGCCUGAACCUGCAAAAUGUCUUGCCUGCCAAUGGCGAUGCGCCUGCAAAGGUUCCAAAGCGCCUCCCCGGUCGCCGACGCCAACCGCAUCCGGAUAUGAAUGUCGAAGUGGAUCUGCGCCGACAACUCAACCUCAAGACAAGUUAUCGAAGCGUUGCAAAAGUGCUAAAGGGCGUUUUAGACGAACUUGCACAACGAACGGUCAAGAGUCUUGAUGAUGAUUCGGAAUAUCACAAGAAGUGUCCGGAGUAUAAACCACUCAUGGAUGGCCUGGACAAGAAAAGAGAUGCUCAGCUUGACUAUCUUGCCGCAUGGCGUUCGGAAAGGAUCGAUCAGCUGGACCGAGUGCGUGUAGCUGAAGAACAGAUACAGAAGCAGCAGUACAUCAAUCGCUUCGAGGAUCUACGAGACGACUAUCUACAACGGUGCUACUUCCGCUUAAAGCAGAUCGAGCGUGAAUGGAAAGUGGCGCAAGAUGAUGCCACAGAUGACGAGGACAAUGUGCUGCCACCAACCUACACCGAUGAUCCUGUCGAAGGUGUUGAUGACAGACUCGGCUCCAAGUUUGCGUCGCGUAGUCGAGCGUAUGUUGAAGCUGACCGAGAACUUGAAAAUGAUGUCAGGCGAAAGCUGUUUGACCAAGUUCGCGCCACCUUUGUCGAACAGAAUGAGGAUGCAGACGACUCGAUUGAAGAUCUCACUGGCGGCUUUGCUCGAUUUGCUGGACCUGACCGCACCAAAGCGAUCGCACAUUACAACAUCACCAGUCUUGCAGACGCUGCACAUGAUGUUGAGAGAACGCCAUCGCCACAAAUUCGACUGCCAAAGGUUCAGGUCAUUCCUAACGACCAAGCGACCAUGCUUAUGUUCCUUGCCGAUAUCUCGGCUGCACAACCUGUUCACGACCCCAGCAUCGUUAUUCCAGGCAAAGCAGCACCCGAGGAACCACAUCAGCCUAUGCAGACUGCACCGCCUGCUGUUGAACAGCACCUUGCCAGACAACCAUCACCAGUACCUGCUCCAGGCUCACCGUUGGUUUUACCUUCACAAGCGGCUCAUAGCAGUCCGACAAGGACGUCGCAGCCAAUCUCGAGCCACACUCAGGACGCCUUGCAACCAGGGCUCAAUGGAAUCAAUGCCACAAAGACCUCGGAGAUGUCUGAGAAGCCAAUCCCUGCACGAACGACUCACCGCAUCAUGGAUAUGCUUAAUAACGAUUCAGAUGUGCCAGUCUCAAAACCACGAGCAUCACUACCUCUGACGCAGGAGCCUCAGCCACCAAGCACACCAUCCAUACGAGACAAAGGCAUUCAGCACGAGACACCGUCCCGAGGUGAUGCUGUACGGCUGGAAAACAUCGUCAAUCAACCAGACCAACCCGAACAGACUGAGCAUCUUGUCGAUCAACAAUUGAUGGACGCACUGAGUGGACCAGUACCUCCGGCCACUGAGCCGCCAUCGCCAGCACGACCAAAUUUCAUGCCAUGGCAGCAACCAAGCGCUCCACCGCAACCAAGCAUCCCAUCGUCGAGAGAAGCUGAUGAGUCAUUACUCCGAAAGGAUCCGCGAGAUGUGUUGCGCAAGAUAAGGGAGCUGCUCGACAGGAAGGCGGAAGAACACGGCAUAGUCCGCCCGGACAGGUCUCACUGGUCUGAGUAUCUACAACAGAACAGGCAUGAAGCUGCUCCUGGGUACGACCCACAACACCCUUCCACUGGGUUACAAGGUACAUCUGAUACAAAUGGACACCACUCGCAUCGUCGUGGAUCGUACGAUCGAGGGCAAUCGCACUGGGACCGAGACAGGCGUCAGAGUGGUUCGCAAGCUUCUCGUCCCUCGCCAUAUCAAGGAAGCCCUCCACAGCCUUAUCACGGCGAGCCGAACAGAUCUGGACCCACACCAACACACCAGAGUCCGUAUGCUUCAUUGCCGCCAAAACCUCCAGGUCCACCACCGUCAGCCCAUAUCAACUUCCGCUUCGCUCACUACGAUCCGGUCCCUCCGCCUCAAGCGUCGAGACCGCCGCACCAACCACCUACCUCGAACUACCCAUCAGCCUCACAUCCUCCCCACAUACCUCCCCCGCCAGGUCCAUACGGUCACACGUACCCUUCGCCAUAUCAGCACGCCUACGCCCCGCCACCCGGUCCUUACCAAGCACCACUCCCUCCACCACCCAACGCUCCUCCAUACCCGCCACUUAAAAUCCAUCAGUACGGCGGCCAACCAAUCCUCCCAGCCAGCAUGGCACCUCCGCCAUACUCAGGAUUGACCAAUCCACACAGCCAGCCUCCUGCCGCAUCCGUAUUCUCACCACCACAGGGCCCGGCUUCGAUAUCACAGCAACAACCUCCGCCCCUACAGCCAAAUCCGCACAGCGAGCAGAGCGAGGGCCGGGACAGCAAUUUUAUGGGUCCGCAGAGUAGGCCGCGGCGUGCGUAUAGGAGUUAUCACGUGCCUGGCACGCAGUUCAGGACGUACAAUGGUCCUGGUGGCGGCAGAGGACGGGGUGGGGGUGGUGGUUAG